UGCGAAAGUUGCAUGGGUGCGUGAAAAGGAGUGUGCGAGGAGGAGGAGGAUCGCCGCGGAGCGCACGCACGCGGGACCGGACUGCCACUUCGGGUGCUGGUACCGGGUGGGAGAAACGGGAGCUGGCCGGAGAUGCCCUGUAUCCAAGCCCAAUAUGGGACACCAGCCCCAAGUCCAGGACCACGUGACCAUCUGGCCAGUGACUCCCUGACCCCUGAGCUCAGCAAGCCCACCAUGGACCUAGCCAGCCCUGAGGCAGCUCCCACUGCCCCCACUGCUCUGCCCAGCUUCAGCACCUUCAUGGACGGCUACACUGGAGAGUUUGACACCUUCCUCUACCAGCUGCCAGGGACGGCCCAGCCAUGCUCUUCCACCUCCUCUGCCUCCUCUACUUCCUCAUCCUCCGCCACCUCGCCUGCCUCUGCUUCCUUCAAGUUGGAGGACUUCCAGGUGUACGGCUGCUACCCUGGCACCUUGAGCGGCCCACUCGAUGAGACCCUGUCCUCCAGUGGCUCUGACUACUAUGGAAGCCCCUGCUCAGCGCCGUCCCCAUCCACACCCAGCUUCCAGCCACCCCAGCUCUCUCCCUGGGAUGGCUCAUUUGGCCACUUCUCCCCUAACCAGACUUACGAAGGCCUGCGGGCAUGGACAGAGCAGCUGCCCAAAGCUGCUGGGCCCCCACAGCCAGCCUUCUUUUCCUUCAGUCCUCCCACUGGUCCCAGUCCUAGCCUGGCCCAAAGUUCCCUGAAGUUGUUCCCGUCCCAGGCUUCCCACCAGCUGGGAGAAGGAGAGAGCUAUUCCAUGCCAGCUACUUUCUCAGGCUUGGCACCCACUUCCCCGCACCUCGACAGCUCAGGGUUGCUGGAUGCACCCAUGACUUCUGCCAAGGCCCGGAGUGGGGCUCCAGGUGGAAGUGAGGGCCGCUGUGCUGUAUGUGGGGACAACGCUUCGUGCCAGCAUUACGGGGUCCGCACCUGUGAGGGCUGCAAGGGCUUCUUCAAGCGCACAGUGCAGAAAAGCGCCAAGUACAUCUGCCUGGCGAACAAGGACUGCCCUGUGGACAAGAGGCGGCGGAACCGCUGCCAGUUCUGCCGCUUCCAGAAGUGCCUGGCUGUGGGCAUGGUGAAAGAAGUUGUGCGGACAGACAGCCUGAAAGGGCGGCGGGGCCGACUACCUUCCAAACCCAAACAGACCCUGGAUACCUCCCCUGUCAAUCUACUCACUUCCCUUGUCCGGGCACAUCUGGACUCAGGACCCAGCACUGCCAAACUGGACUACUCCAAGUUCCAGGAGCUGGUGCUGCCCCGUUUUGGGAAGGAAGAUGCUGGUGAUGUGCAGCAGUUCUAUGACCUGCUUUCAAGUUCCCUGGAUGUUAUCCGGAAGUGGGCAGAGAAGAUCCCAGGCUUUACUGAGCUGUCCCCAGGUGACCAGGACCUGCUGCUGGAGUCAGCCUUCUUGGAGCUCUUCAUACUCCGUCUGGCCUACCGGUCUAAGCCAGGGGAAGGGAAGCUUAUCUUCUGCUCAGGCCUGGUGCUGCACCGGUUGCAGUGUGCCCGGGGCUUUGGCGACUGGAUUGACAGUAUCCUAGCCUUCUCGCGGUCCCUGCACAGCCUGGUUGUUGAUGUCCCUGCCUUCUCUUGCCUCUCUGCUCUCGUCCUCAUCACUGAUCGGCAUGGGCUGCAGGAGCCAAGGCGGGUGGAGGAGCUACAGAACCGCAUUGCCAGCUGCCUGAAGGAGCACAUGGCAGCUGUGGCGGGUGAGCCCCAGCCGGCCAGCUGCUUGUCACGUCUGCUGGGCAAACUGCCUGAGCUGCGGACCCUGUGUACCCAGGGCCUGCAGCGCAUCUUCUACCUCAAGCUGGAGGACUUGGUGCCCCCUCCACCAAUUGUUGACAAGAUCUUUAUGGACACACUGCCCUUCUGACUCCAGCCCUGAACGUGUGUGCAUACCUAUCUGUACACUCUUACACCACCCCACGUGCCUUGAGCCCACGGACCCCCAGAGCAUCUCUUAGCCUGGAUCUGAGCUGCCGACUGUCCUUCCUCCUCACCUACUUCAGGAGGUUGGGAGGGAGCUCAAGUUCUGUGGAAGGGGAUGCAUUCACAGGGGUGACCCCACAAUUUGUCUUAUCCCCUAGCCCAGCCCUGGCCUUCAUUUUUUUUGUAAGAUAAACCGUUUUUAACACAUGCCACCCUGCUGUAAAUAAGCCAAAUGCUGCUGUAAAUACAGGAAGGAAGAGGUUGAGGUCGGGGUUGGGAGGAAGGGAUGGGGACCCCCCACCAGCCUUGGGCAAGCCUUUCCAGCCUCUUUCAACUCCCUCUCUUCCCAACCUCCUUCCACAUGUACAUAGACUGUCACUCGAGGAGGAAGACAAAUGACAGAUUCUGACAUUUAUAUUUGUGUAUUUUUCCUGAAUUUAUAGUAUGUGACUUUUCUGAUUAAUAUAUUUAAUAUAUUGAAUAAAAAAUAGACAUGUAGCAGAAAUUG